AUGGCAGUCGAGAAGAUCAGCACCAUCUCCCCUACUACUAACAAACCCGUUGUAGAACGCAAUGGCCCCACAGACGAAGAGCUGGCACAGCUCCCCAAGACGGCUCAGAAGGCCUUCCUGAAAUACAGUAAGACGCCACUUGCUGAACGACAGAAGAUUGUCAAAAAGGCAUUAGAAAAUAUCCUGAACAAGCAGGAUGAAUUGGCAAAGGAAAUCACCGAUCAGAUGGGACGACCUAUCGCUUUCACCGCCGUAGAAGUCAAGACGGCGGUGGCUAGGGGCGAGUACUUGCUCAAGAUCAGCCAUGAAGCCCUUUCAGAUACCCCUGGUGAGCCACAGGAAGGCUUCAAGAGAUUCAUCAGGAAGUGUCCGCUUGGUCCAGUGCUUAUCAUCUUCCCAUGGAACGUAGGUUGGCUCACUGUUCACGCUACUCACCUGGAGACCUUUGCUGACAGACUUGACAGUACCCUUAUCUAACUCUCGUCAAUUCUUUGGUGCCCGCUUUGCUGUCUGGUAACAGCGUAAUCCUCAAGCCGUCUCCUCAGACCCCCACGAUUGCAGAGCAAGUUCAGAAGGCUUUCGUUGAUGCCGGGCUAGAUAAGGAUGUCAUUCAAUACUUCCACUGUGGAGACUUCGGCAAGAUUGAGAAGCUUGUUCAGGCACCUGAGAUUCAACUCGUCUGCUUUACCGGAUCCGUGCCAGGUGGUCUCGCUGUUCAGAAAGCUGCAGCAGGACGAGUCGACUGCCGCGUUGGGCUUGAACUGGGCGGCAAAGACCCGGCGUACGUACGUCCAGACGUUGAUCUCGCCUGGGCAGCCGAAGAGAUCGUCGACGGCGCUGUCUUCAACUCUGGUCAAUCAUGCUGCAGUCUUGAAAGAGUCUACGUACACGAGAAGGUACACGACGACUUUAUUGCUGAAGUGCAAAAGGUGUUGUCCAAGUACAAGCUCGGCGACCCAUCAGACAAAUCCACCCACGUUGGCCCCGUCAUCAGCAAGGCUGCUGCGAAACGUAUCCAAGACCACAUCGGUGCCGCUCUCGAAGCCGGCGCUAAAGACGCAACGCCCGAGAACGCCUCUUUCAAGAAUCCACCAGCAGACGGCAACUACGUCGCUCCGACUCUUCUUACCAACGUCAAGCAAGACAUGGAGGUCAUGCAAGACGAGACAUUCGGUCCUGUCAUCCCAGUCUUGAGCGUGAAAUCCGACGAACAAGCCAUCGAAUGGAUGAACGACAACCAAUUCGGUCUCACGGCAUCAAUCUGGACCAAAGACGUCGCCAAAGGAAACGAACUCGCAGAGGACGUUGAGGCUGGCACUGUCUUCGUCAACCGUGCAGACUACCCUGCUCCUGAUCUCGCAUGGGUAGGAUGGAAAGACAGUGGAAAAGGCCAGACGCUGUCUCGGUUUGGGUUCGAUCAGUUCGUCAAGCUGAAGAGCUACCACUUGAAAGACUACCCCAAAUAA